UCGGACGUACCUCAUGUAAGAGCAGUUUUGUUAUGGCAUCAAUAAAAAUCUUUACGGAAACAUCUGCAGUCAUAAAAGCUGUCGUAUCGGUUUCGGCGAUGCUUAUGGAUCGCUACGAAGAGUGAGGCUGAAUCAGUUGGCGUCGAGGAUCGGUGGCGAGAAGGUGGUGAACGGGGUGGAAGGAUGGUCAUGGUUCCGAGGGGUCGGUAGUGCAGUGCGGCACGCGCCGGCGCGGAUCGAUCGCGCGACAUCGACCGCGCGGGGCGGGGCGCCGUCGCUCAGUCGCGCGCGGGCACGGCGUGCGGGCGCGCGCAUCGCUGCACGUGCAUGGCGCGCCUGACUGGAUGCCUCGCGCCCUCGGGGAAUGGCUUCGUCCGAGGAAGAGGCGACUACAGCGUCGACCGACACUUAUCCUGAAGAUGAUGACUGCCUCAGUGUCCGAAAAUGGUGGUGCUUUCUGCUGUCGUCGAUUUUCACCUUCCUUGCGGGGUUGCUCGUGGUGCUGUUAUGGCGCGCGUGCGCGUUCGUCUGCUGCCACAAGGAGCCGGAGCUGGCACCCAACGACCCCAAGCAGAAGGAGCAGAAGGCGGCGCGGCAGGGCAAACAAGAGUUCGAGGGCACGUUCAUGACCGAAGCGAAAGACUGGGCCGGCGAACUCAUAUCCGGUCAGACCACCACCGGACGAAUACUGGUAGUGUUGGUGUUCAUCCUGAGUAUAGCAUCGCUCAUCAUCUACUUCAUUGACGCGUCCAGUGAAGAGGUUGAGCGAUGUCAGAAAUGGAGCGACAAUAUUACUCAGCAAAUCGACCUUGCCUUUAACAUAUUUUUUAUGGUCUACUUUUUUAUACGAUUUAUAGCAGCUAGUGACAAACUAUGGUUCAUGCUCGAGAUGUAUUCAUUUGUAGAUUAUUUCACGAUACCCCCAUCCUUUGUAUCAAUAUACCUCGAUAGAACGUGGAUAGGGCUGAGAUUUCUCAGAGCUCUACGCUUAAUGACCGUGCCUGAUAUUUUGCAAUACCUCAAUAUAUUAAAAACAUCGAGCUCAAUUCGGUUGGCGCAAUUAGUUUCUAUAUUUAUAUCAGUGUGGCUGACCGCUGCCGGCAUUAUUCAUUUGCUGGAAAACUCUGGUGACCCAUUAGAGUUCGAGAAUGCCCAGAAACUAUCGUACUGGACGUGCGUGUACUUCCUGAUAGUCACCAUGUCCACUGUAGGUUACGGUGACGUAUUCUGUCACACAGUACUUGGAAGAACAUUUUUGGUUUUUUUUCUCCUCGUUGGCUUGGCAAUGUUCGCUAGUAGCAUUCCCGAAAUUAUAGAGCUGGUAGGAAGUAGGUCCAAGUACAGUGGCGAGCUGAAGCGUGAACAUGGAAAGAGGCAUAUUGUGGUCUGUGGACACAUAACUUACGAGUCAGUGAGCCAUUUUUUAAAAGACUUCCUACAUGAGGACAGAGAGGAUGUAGACGUCGAAGUUGUUUUUUUACACAGGAAACCGCCCGACCUGGAGCUCGAAGGCCUGUUCAAGAGGCACUUUACCACUGUGGAAUUCUUUCAAGGCACCAUUAUGAAUCCAAUCGACCUACAGAGGGUGAAAGUACAUGAAGCAGACGCGUGCCUGGUGCUGGCCAACAAGUACUGCCAGGACCCCGACGCAGAGGACGCCGCCAACAUCAUGAGAGUCAUCUCUAUCAAGAACUACUCCGACGACAUCAGGGUCAUCAUACAGCUGAUGCAAUAUCAUAAUAAGGCCUACCUCCUAAACAUUCCAUCAUGGGACUGGAAGCAAGGCGACGACGUCAUCUGCUUGGCGGAGCUGAAACUCGGCUUCAUCGCGCAGAGCUGCCUCGCGCCCGGCUUCUCCACCAUGAUGGCCAACCUGUUCGCCAUGCGCAGCUUCAAGACGUCCCCCGACACACAAGCUUGGCAGAACGAUUACCUGCAGGGUACGGGCUGCGAGAUGUACACGGAGACACUGUCGACCUCCUUCACGGGAAUGAGCUUCCCGCAAGCGAGCGAAUUAUGCUUCACGAAGCUGAAGCUGCUGCUGCUCGCCAUCGAGAUCAAGGGCGAGGAGGGCGCCGACAGCAAGAUCUCCAUCAACCCGCGCAGCGCCAAGAUCCACGCCAACACGCAAGGCUUCUUUAUAGCGCAGUCCGCUGACGAGGUCAAAAGAGCUUGGUAUUAUUGCAAGGCCUGCCACGAGGACAUCAAAGACGAAACGCUCAUCAAGAAGUGCAAAUGCAAAAACUAUGUUGGAAUGAUGAUGAUGCAGACUGGGAUGGUGAAACAAAGUCUUAAUACGUACCGUGCUUGUCUCGACGUGGCUACGUUCAGGAAGGGCGUACGAGCCGUCCAGAUGGUUGGCAGGGCAAAUGAUCACCAUCCUCCCCCCACCUUCACGCCGCCAGAGUUGCCCAAGAAGGUCCAUGUUCGAGGUGAAAUUGCGAGAGAAAGAGGGGAGGAUACUAGUUUAAUAAAUCGCAACCAUCGGAGCGUGGCGCCGACAACGCUGCUGUCUCCGAGCGCCAACCAGCUGGUGAACACCACCACCACGAGACAGGUCAACAAGGUGAAGCCCAACGUCAACAGGGCACCGCCGGACACGAAUCCCCAGGAUCAAGAUACCAAUUACCAGGCCUAUCACCUUGCCUACGAAGUGAAAAAACUCAUGCCUACGAGUAGAAGCAGUGGUGGUAACCAAAACAGCAAUGGCGUCAGCCUGCCCGCGGGCCUGGCUGAUGACCAGUCGAAAGAUUUCGACUUCGAAAAGACUGAAAUGAAGUACGACUCCACUGGAAUGUUCCAUUGGAGCCCUGCGAGGAAUUUGGAAGAUUGUAUUUUAGACCGAAAUCAGGCGGCCAUGACAGUUCUGAACGGGCACGUGGUAGUGUGUUUGUUCGCGGACCCAGACUCGCCGCUCAUCGGGCUACGGAACCUGGUGAUGCCGCUGCGAGCCUCCAACUUCCACUACCACGAGCUCAAGCACGUCGUCAUCGUGGGAAGCGUCGACUACAUUAGGAGAGAGUGGAAGAUGUUGCAGAAUCUACCGAAGAUUUCUGUUUUGAAUGGUUCACCGCUAAGCCGGGCUGACUUGCGUGCAGUGAAUGUGAACUUGUGCGACAUGUGCUGCAUCCUGUCGGCGAAGGUGCCAUCGAACGAUGACCCGACGCUGGCCGACAAGGAAGCUAUCUUGGCUUCGCUGAACAUCAAGGCGAUGACGUUCGACGACACGAUAGGAGUGCUGAGCGCCGGCGUCACCAACGGCAGCAGCGCGGCGCCGCCCCCGCCUGGUGCGCCGCCCGCGCCCGUCUUACUACAGCGCCGGGGGUCCGUCUAUGGUGCCAAUGUGCCUAUGAUUACUGAGUUGGUGAACGACAGUAACGUGCAGUUCCUGGACCAGGACGACGACGACGACCCGGACACGGAGCUGUACCUGACGCAGCCCUUCGCGUGCGGUACAGCCUUCGCCGUCAGCGUACUCGACUCACUUAUGUCCACCACUUAUUUCAACCAAAAUGCCUUAACGUUGAUCCGCUCGUUGAUCACGGGCGGCGCGACGCCGGAGCUGGAGCUCAUCCUGGCCGAGGGCGCGGGGCUGCGCGGCGGGUACUCCACGCCAGAGAGCUUAGCUAAUAGGGAUCGGUGUAGAGUGGGUCAGAUUUCGUUGUACGACGGUCCACUAGCGCAGUUUGGCGAGGCUGGCAAGUACGGCGACCUGUUCGUGGCCGCGCUCAGCACGUAUGGCAUGCUGUGCAUCGGCCUGUACCGGUUCCGGGACACGUCCUCCUCCUGCGACGCCAGCAGCAAGCGAUACGUCAUCACCAACCCGCCCGAUGACUUCUCGCUGCUACCUACCGACCAGGUGUUCGUGCUGAUGCAGUUCGACCCGGGCGUGGAGUACCGGUCGUCGCGGCGCGCGGCGGCGGGCGCGGGCAAGGACGACGCCUCCUGACUAUUGCUGUGCAGCGCCCUCACGGACGGGCCCUACUCCUACAUCUAGGCAGUAGGCCCCCGCCCGACACUCCCGCCCCUCCCCCCGCCCUCACCCCGCCCAUUCCCGCACUCUUCACUUCGACUCUUGGGUAAACGUCCACGUACUAUUGAUUAGAUUUUGUCCUGACUUCUUUAGUCGUGAAUGAGAGUGCUGCUACCUCUACUCUGUCCCGUUUUGUUUUGGUUUUGUCGACAGUAUAUGUUAGUAUUCUGAGUUGAACACUUCCUGCACAGCAAUCUACACUCCUCAAACGCACUCUUGUAUAGUCUAGCAUUGGUUUGUUUAGCAGAAUAUAUCUACCAAAAACAAUGAAAUAACAGAACCCUAAAGUAAAAUAUUUAUUAAUUGCCUACUUCUACAGCGACUGGUCUCACAGUCCGUAGAAGUUUAAUCAGUUGAGAGUACUAUCUAAAUACUUAUUUGUCACGACGAGGCAGUCGAUAGAAGCCACAAGAGAAGAUAGAAUACGAGCUGUAAGCAGUACAGAAUUACUAGAAAGCGCUUAAGAAUAUAGAAAAGCUUUCGAUGUGUAGGGUAAGACGGUAGAAGGAGUUCAAGUUCGGUAAAAGUAAAACGCUGUUGUUAACGAGUAUAAAGUAUAUAAAAGUUCUAAAAUAAUUUAAGACAACAGUAGAGAGUCGAUUUGAAAGGUUAUGGCACCUCACACCAGCUAUGUUACCUGUGUAUGCCGCAGUACGGCGCUGAUGUCAACACUGUCGAGGUACGUGCAUGUAACACCCAGAGCUCAGUGUGUCGCCACCGCACCUCCAGUGGUGGGUGUCGACACACCACGUAGCAGACGUCAGGACGCCUGCCUCGACGUGCUGACACCAGUGAUACACGAUGCACUUUUGACUCACAUCAAAUAUCGACACGUUAUACCAAAUACAACUAUCUUCAAUAUUGAUAAUUUUAUUACGAUACGGUGAUGGUUUAGUUAUAGGAUUUGUUUAUUUAAGGUGUUGGGAUGUAACAAACACAUGUGCACACACAUUAUAUAUCGACUGUGUCCUGACCACACCUCUUUGUCUUGCAACAACAGUAGUUCUUCUCACAUCCAAUGCAGCGAGUCAAAUAUUCCAAAGAGCUACGAUUGGAUCAGAAAGGAUACAUAAUUCCCACGUAAAGAAUAAAGAACAACUGUUGUGUUGUAUAUCAAGUCGUCACUACUUCUGACUGAUACUUCUACAAACUGUCGUCGAUUUCUUUACGCGACAUUUUGUCUACAAUCUUUUCUCUUUUUUAAAUAUAUCUUCAACUUCUGGUUUCCUAAAGUUUCUUCUAAUAAUUGUAAGCAAUGCUCAACGAGAGGAACCUUUAAAACUUUUAAUUGCAUGACAACAUCUCGUGUAAAUGGACAUAGGUGUAGGCUAUCGCUUUUCUUAGAAUAUCCAUUCCUUAUUCAGUAGUUUUUUUUCUGUCACGUUUCACGUAAUUAAGUGCUACUUAUAGAGCUGAAAUAUAGACAUAUUAUAGCAUUUAAUGUUAUUCAUCGACUGAUUGUUAAGCACAUCAUAUCAUCAUCAAUACUUUGUGAUUGUACCAAGUUAUUUAGUCACUAUUUUUUAAGUUUUUAGAUGUUUAAUUUUUCCAUGGGUUCACAUUGAAUUCAUUAUUUAGUUAUAAGACACUCUGCCAUAUUCAAAAGUGCACGUAUGGUAGUAGUCUGCAUACAGUUCCAUUGCUCAUUGUUUAUCUUCUAUUUUUAUUACAUUUUUAUAAUCUAAGGGGUUAGACAACUCGUUGAAUAUUUUCAUGCAGAAUCGUACUUCCUCGUAACCUUUCAGACAGUUGAGAGAGAACGAACCUAUCCAAGUUGACGCGUUAUUUCACCUUGAAAUCUGCAUAAAAGUAUCAUCAACUGUUAUAUGAACAUAGUAACUUCCAGCCUCACCUUAUAGUACCACGUUUUUUGUUUUAUUUUUAUUUCAAUAAAAUUAUAUUAUGCUA